GAGGGGAUCAUGAUUAUAAGUGAAGGUUUACUAUGUAUCAAGAGGGUUGCAAGUCAACCCGUUUAUUGUCUUAGUUCUGGGGAUGAGGCACAGGCUACGGGCGAGAAAUGAGAAUCCUGAUUCACCCAUUACUAUGCUGUGUGACUCUGCCAACAGAAUGAGUUCAACCAACAUGGUCAACACCCCUUCUCUCUCGACAAUGCUUGCCUUGUGCGGAGUCUUUUUCAAAUGGUCCAAAUGCACAACCGUGUUGUCCAGACACCUAUAUCGACCUCCAAACCAGUGGGUUCGGAUCUAAGUACUCGUGCUCUCCAAACAAUCGAUUGCUCCAAUCUAAAAGAAGCACCCUCCGUGAUAGAAUCGACAGUAUGAGGGCAUAGGUGAUUCCUCUAAUUCGAUCGGCCAGGCCCCCGCAUUUUCUGUAGGCGUCGCAGACCCACACUAGUCGCCUCGCGCCCUUUCUCCCCCUCUCAUGUUUGUGAAACGCGGUGUA